GGUGGUAGUCCUCCGCCAGCCUUUCCCCAGAGAAGUCGUCCUCCGCGGCUCUAGCACUUUCUGAAGAUCCUUAUCUGCUCUACAGAAAACAAAAAAGCUCCAGGAAUGUAAAACCUCUGAGAUAAUGCAGCUCGGAACGUUCACGAGGACUUUUCCUUCACAUUCCGGAUAUUUACUUGGCGUUUUCAGGCUUUCCGAGGACAGAGAGUGAAGUUUCCGCGGAAGGAUAAAAAGUAUCAAGAUGGAAAAAUUGUUCCUGCUGUCGCUUGUGUUGGUGCACCUGCCGACAGAGCUGCUGUCCAUUCAGGUGGUGGUCCCUCAGACGGAGAGGAGAACCAUGCUCUUCUCCAAUGUGAUUCUGUACUGUGACUACUCUACUUCAGCCAGCUCUCUGGAUGUCCUGGUCUCAUGGAAGUUCAAAUCCUUCUGCAAAGACCCCAUUCUGGAGUACUACUCCACAGCUUACCAGGCAGCUCUGCAGCUGGGUCAGGACCCCGCCAACGACUGUCCCGACAGUCAGCGGACCGUUCGCACUGUGGUGCAGAAGAGGGGAGCCAAUGAGCCCAUUCUGGGCGUCGAGUACAAGAACCGCAAAAUUACCAUCCAGAACAAGGCUGACCUGGUCAUAAACGAGGUGAUGUGGUGGGAUAACGGGAUGUAUUACUGCUCCAUCGACGCUGCCGGAGACACGACGGGAGACUCGGACCGGGAGAUCAAACUCAUCGUCUUCCACUGGCUGACCGUCCUGCUCAUCAUCAUUGGCGCCCUCCUCCUCCUCAUGCUCUGCUGCAUCUGCUGCUGUCAGUGCUGCCCGCAGAAGUGCUGCUGCUACGUCCGCUGCCCCUGCUGCCCCCAGACCUGCUGCUGCCCAGAAAAAGCGGUGAUGCAGUACCGGAUGAUCCGGGAGGCUCAGAAGGCCAUGGCUCCUUGGAUGAAGGGUCAACCGAUCUACGCUCCCAUCAGCUCCAACGUGUCGUCCCAGGGCGUGCCCUUCCUUUAUCCAGGGUCGUACUCUGACUACCCCACCAAACAAAACUUUGCGAUGACCCCCAUGCAGCUGUCUCCCAUGGCGCUGCAGCAGCAGGCUCCUCCCCCGCCGCCGCAUCAUUACAACGGCAGCUUUCAGGGCAGCGUUCAAGGCCCCAACCCGGUGCUGGACUUCCUGGAGAACCAGGUGAAGGGCCUUGAUGUUGGGGUGCCUCAGGUUUCCCCGUAUGCUCAUCAGAUGAUGGCCCCACCCCAACCGCGACUGGAACCUCAGGCAAUCCCGUACGCGCCGGGGCCCCCGAGCAUGCUGUCCGCUCUUGAUGAGAUGGGGGUUAAAGGGGUGGAGAGGAGGGUGAUCACUCUGCCCCCCAUCGUUCAGCGUAUUCCCAGCUUCUCCUCACACGGGGGGGCUGCAGCCAGGCACGGAGCCCGGGGCUACCGGGCGCCCAGCCACUCCAGCGGGAGCACUAACCGCUCUGGCCGUGGGUACGCGGACAGCGCUCCCACCCGGCGCGGAAUCCUGCGCGAUUACAGCGACGAUUCCGAUUUGGACUACAGGCAGGGAAGGGCGCCCCACAGAGGCUCGAGGAACGAGGGGGGAGCCUCAUCGAGAAGGAGCAGGGGGGGGUCCAGACCCCGCGCCCGAAGCCAGGACGACCUGUUGGAGGAAAUGUACGAGAGAGCAGCUCGCAAGGGGAGGAGCCUCACCCCCCCACAGCGCCACAAAGAGUCCUGGAGCUCAGACGAGGAUAAUGGGAGGAAGAGAAAAGGAGGAAGAGGGAAGAGUUGGACAGAGCAGCCGCCCAGCUACUCCACCAUCGACGUCCAGCACGGAAGCAGCAGCUACCGCAAGAACUACGCCCCGCCGUCUGAUAGAGGCUCCCAUAGCAGCACCAGCGUAGUCAUCUGAAACAUUUCUCUCCCUCACUUCUCCUGAAAUAUUUCCACAACCAUGAAAGUAAAGACAAGGAAGUUGGAAACUUAACCUUUUAAGUAAGCUUAAGCCGCUGUGAUGAAAACAGUCGGGGAAGUUGCACUCAUGCAUUCUGCUCUUCACUGCACUGCUACAAGUUAUUGCAACAACAUUGCCUGUUUUUUAAUUAAUUGUUUAUAACAUUAACGCUUAAAAAUUGCUCUUGUUCUAAAAAAUAUCACUUUUAAAUGGAAAAGUUCAAACUGUUAAAACUGAAAGGAUUGAACUUGUAAUGAGGAACAAUUGUUUGUUUGUUUGUUUUUUACUUUUAUUUUUGUGUAAAUCUGUCAUGUUAACUUUUUAUAUUGAAUAUCUGUAGUGACGUAUAAAGGCAGCAACAUUCAGAGAUGGUACUCCUGUUUGUCCUGGAAAUCAGUUGUGUACAUUUGAUGUUAAGUAAACUCCUAAUUCUCUUGUGAUUGUCAGCAACAUUUUCAUUGUGUAACAAAAAAACAUUGUUGUUAAAUGUUUGCAUUAAAGUCUUUUUAGAUGUGGUAA